GUCGGCGACCGCAGCCACCUCGCCGCCCGCCUGCGGACGGUCUGGACCCGACCUCGGGUGCCACGGCUGCGCUCCGGGUCCACGCGGCGCCCCCGCCCGCGCGCCUCUGUUGGGCCCUGCCCUUCGCUGUCGUUUUCUCGAGGCUCCGCCUGCGGCCCAAUUUCCAGGCGACCGUUUCCCGGCGACGGCGGGCGGGGCGGUCCCCGCCGCCGCUGCCGGGAGUCCGCGAAGCCCCGCCUCGGGCUCCAGUGCGCUAGCCGCUGCUGAGCCUCGACGCGACCACAGUUCGCGGCCCCCGCGCAGGGACAGGGGAAUGGCUCGCACGACUUCUGAGGUCAGCGGCCUACCAGGUAGGCGAUGCUCCCUCUUCCGGCCUCUGUUCUCGAGUCUUCAAAACCCGAGGCAGAAGAGAGCUUAAGAGCAAAUUUAUCCAGCGCAAGUCGCUCCCGAUCGCUGGCCCCGCCUGGCCUGACCCCGGUGUAGGGUCGGAACACGGCCGGCAGGGCCCGCAGGGUCGCCACGAUGGACUCACUGGCAGCACCCCAGGACCGCCUGGUGGAGCAGCUGCUGUCGCCGCGCACCCAGGCCCAGAGGCGGCUCAAGGACAUCGACAAGCAGUACGUUGGCUUCGCCACUCUGCCCAACCAAGUGCACCGAAAGUCGGUGAAGAAGGGCUUCGACUUCACCCUCAUGGUGGCUGGUGAGUCCGGCCUGGGGAAGUCCACUCUUGUCCACAGCCUCUUUCUGACUGACCUGUACAAGGACCGGAAGCUGCUGAGUGCUGAGGAACGCAUCAACCAGACAGUCGAGAUCCUGAAACACACCGUGGACAUUGAGGAGAAGGGGGUCAAGUUGAAGCUGACCAUUGUGGACACACCCGGCUUUGGGGACGCUGUGAACAACUCUGAGUGCUGGAAGCCCAUCACCGACUACGUGGACCAGCAGUUUGAGCAGUACUUCCGUGAUGAAAGUGGCCUCAACCGGAAGAACAUCCAAGACAACCGGGUGCACUGCUGUCUGUACUUCAUCUCGCCCUUCGGACACGGACUGCGGCCAGUGGAUGUGGGUUUCAUGAAGGCGCUGCAUGAGAAGGUGAACAUCGUCCCGCUCAUCGCCAAGGCCGACUGCCUGGUCCCCAGUGAGAUCCGGAAGCUGAAGGAUAGGAUACGGGAGGAGAUUGACAAGUUUGGGAUCCAUGUGUACCAGUUUCCAGAAUGUGACUCAGAUGAAGAUGAAGACUUCAAGCAACAGGACCGCGAACUGAAGGAAAGUGCGCCCUUCGCCGUGAUCGGCAGCAACACUGUGGUGGAGGCCAAGGGGCAGCGAGUCCGGGGACGGCUGUACCCCUGGGGGAUCGUGGAAGUGGAGAAUCAAGCUCACUGCGAUUUUGUGAAGCUUCGAAACAUGCUAAUCCGAACUCACAUGCAUGACCUCAAGGAUGUGACGUGCGAUGUGCACUACGAGAACUACCGUGCCCACUGCAUCCAGCAGAUGACCAGCAAACUCACACAGGACAGCCGUAUGGAGAGCCCCAUUCCUAUCCUACCGCUGCCCACCCCGGACGCGGAGACGGAGAAGCUCAUCAGGAUGAAGGAUGAAGAGCUAAGGCGCAUGCAGGAGAUGUUGCAGAAGAUGAAGCAGCAAAUGCAAGACCAGUGACACCCAGCCCCAGUCCCACAUCGCCAAGGAUAGACGGCCGGUUUCCGAGCUGGCCCCUCAACCCCUGGAUCCCAGACUGUCCUGGAUUCAACUCUGGGUUCAUCUGGAUCUCAGAUGGCCUGGACCUAACCCUAAUCCAAAGUGGCUUUGACCAGACUGUUCAGACCUGGAGCCACAGAGCCACAGCCCCCAGAUGACCCUAAUUUAUUCUCAGCAUCCACCCUUCCCGGUCAUUUGUAUCUGCUUCUGAGUGGUCUGAACCACAGCCCCUCCCCCAACUUCCUGCCGCCCCCGGCCCCCAUCUCCCGCCUGUCUUAAGGGAACAAGUUGUGCAUAAUCUCCAAGAUCUCUCUUCCUAAAAGAUCACUGCCCCAGCGGCCAAUAAACCAGGGUAGAGGAGGGACACGGAUGCAGGAUCUCGGGCCUAUUAACUAAGCUAGUGCCGCAGAACGGAGUUGGGAGGCCCCCUCUGCGGGUUCCAGGGGGCUAGGAAGCAUAUGCUAAUGUCCUACUGUGUGCGGAAGUAGGCCGGAUCCCCCUCACUACUUAACCACGCUCUGUUCAGGACCAGAGCACACGGGUUUGGAGGCUGAGGCCUUUAGGAAGACCCCAGACCUAGAAGUGUCUAGGAGGAAGGCGGGGACGCGAUGCGCUAGACCGCUCACGCCCCCUUCCUGGGUCGACCUGACGGACUCCGGGGGCGGCUGGAACGGGGUCCCCCAUGCCUAGACUACUUUCACCUACCUAUAGGUCAAGGUCUUCUCCCAGCAGCUCUGUCGCUCUGGGAUUCCAGCCCUUGGCCUCCUCCAUCUCUCCACCGGCAUGUCCCCUCCCCACACACCCCAUUCUCUGUUUUGUUCAGUUGUGAAUGCCGCGUCCUGUCCUGGUGGCAGGAGAACAAAGUUGGUGAACGUC